AUGGGGCUGCUAAGGACUUUAAAACGUCAUCCUACCCUUCAAUACUUCCAUCAUACUUAUAAGAAGACAAUUGGGCAUGAAGCAAGAGAUGUUAUCAGUCGGCUUUAUCGUUUUCUUCAUCCUGUGUUGAAGAGGAUAUUCCCAAGUUUUAUAGUUGCGCACUACUAUUAUAUUAUAGGAGUAUCACUACUUUGCUCUAUAAUAUUAUAUCCUGCCCGCAAUUUGGACUAUGUUGAUAUACUGUUCUUUGCUACUGGGGCUGCGACACAGGGAGGGUUGAAUACUGUUGAUAUGAAUAAACUGAAUUUAUACCAACAGGUAGUCCUUUACAUAACCUGUAUCAUCACAGCACCGAUUUGGAUUCAUGGUAGUUUAGUGUUCAUUAGAUUAUUUUGGUUUGAGAGGUACUUUGACGGGAUUAAAGAUUGGUCAAAAAAGUAUUACCAGAUGAGGAGAACAAGAACGCUUAUUGCGAGAGAAAUGACAAGAACAAUGUCUUCUUCAGGAAUGAGCGCGAGAGGCAGAGGUAACAAAGACGCUGGCGGAGUUGGAGCCAGGGUACUCACGAAGAAUUCUGUCGGAACACCAGAUUUCCAAAGUAAAUUGUUCAGCGGGAAAAUGGUAAGACGAGAUGAGGCAACAAGCGACCAUGACGACAGUAUCUCUACUGCUUCAGAUUAUACAGAGCAAUCUAGCGCACACUCCAUGUUGGCUUAUGACGGAAAUCACCCUCAACAAAUUUCUGAAGUCCAAGGCGCUGUUAAGAAGCCUAAUAAUGCUUCUAGAAUCAUGCGAGAAAGGUUCCAGGGUAAGAGAGAUUCUAGAGAUAUCUCUCCCGCUGACAUGUAUCGGUCGAUAUUAAUCCUCCAAGGGCAUCAUCAUGAAAGUGACGAUGAUGGCCAGGUUUUAGUAAUACGUGGUCCUCACGAGAGAAGAACAGACUCCGAUCACGAAGAAGAAGGAAUAAGUAUAAAACAAGAAAAACAGGGCCCACAGAGGGAUGUAUCUCCUGAGAAACAGGCUGAAAAACUUGAGACUACAAGCCCCCCUACUGGAGUACCGUUAGAUAAUCAACUGAAAGACAGUUCUGCUUUGGAAACUCACUUCGAGGAAGACAGAGAUCAGAAUUUUAAUGGGAGUGAUAAAUCUACCCCUCAUGACCUUAAAUUAACUUCAACACCUGUUAGUGCCGGUAACAACAUUGGAACAUCAAUUCAAUUUGAUGUUAAUAACAUGCCUCGCCCCUCCGCUAGGAGGCAGCAUCAUAGUAGAAGUGACUCUCAGAAUGCCCAAGCCGAGCCUACAAAUCUACUCAGACGCAGAAGAUCUAGCAUAUUUGGUAGAUUGUCAUCUUCAGCAAGAUUCAGAGAACGCCUUUUGCAUGGUUCCGCUGUUGCCAGUUCUUCAGAUGAAGAGGAGGGUGAUAAUGAAGAAUCUGACGCUGACUCAUUAGAGAAUUCGUCAUCCUUGGAUCGGUCUCCUAAAUCAAACUUUGGCGCAAAGCAUACCAACGUUGCAGAAGAAUAUAUUCACGAUGAAAAUUCACCCAGCAACCAGGAGAAAAAGCUAAAGCAUGCCGCUUCGAUGGGCAAGCAAUCGGAAGAUGGCAAGGCUAGAAAGAUAUUUAAUAAAACAAAAAAAUUGAAGCGAUUACAUACUUCUGCAAGUUUUAGCAAGGACAGUGGUGAUCGUUGGCCACAGCUUAUUAGAAAGCGAUUAAAAAAAUCACAUACUGUUGGUACAACCUUUUCUCAUCAGAAUACCAUGAACAGUAUUGAUUCUCUCUCCGGAUUAUACGAUGGAGAAGAUGGCCUUAUGGACCUUGAUAUAAACCUACAAUCUACCAACCGUUCUAGGUCUGAAAACUACUUAUCCUAUGAUCAUAACAUUGGACGUAACUCAACUUUUAUUGGGUUGACAGACCUUCAGAAGACUGAACUGGGAGGGGUGGAAUACCGUGCAACCAAAUUAUUGUGCAAACUUUUGGUGGUAUACUAUAUUGGGUUCCAUUUGAUUACAAUUAUAUUUCUACUUCCAUGGAUUCAUUCGAAUAAAGAACAUAGCGAUGUUGUAAGAUCAUAUGGGAUAUCUCCAACAUGGUGGUCGUUUUUUACAGCAAUGAGUGGUAUGAACAACCUGGGCCUAACCCUGACUUCUAACUCAAUGAUGUCUUUUAAUAAAGCUUCCUAUCCUUUGAUUGUACUAAUUCUUGCUAUGAUUAUUGGUCACACAGGAUUUCCAAUUAUACUGAGGUUCGUCAUUUGGAUAAUGUACAAAUUCUCCCGUGACUUAUCAUCAAUGAAAGAAAAUCUAGGAUUUUUACUAGAUCAUCCUCGUCGUUGUUUUACUUUAUUAUUUCCUAAAGCUGCAACUUGGUGGUUGUUAUUGAUACUUGUAAUAAUGAAUGUUUUUGAUUUAGCUAUUUUCCUUGCUCUAGACUAUACCUCACAACCGUUGAGUGAGUUUACGCCUGGUUAUAGAGUAUUAAACGGUUUAUUCCAGGCAGUGAGCACGAGGACCACCGGAUUCAGUGUUUUGGAUAUAAGUUUGUUACAUCCUGCAAUUCAAGUUUCAUACAUGGUGAUGAUGUACGUUUCGGUGAUGCCUGUUGCUAUUUCUAUCAGGAGAACAAACGUUUAUGAAGAGCAAUCAUUAGGUAUUUACGGAGAAAUGAUUCCUAUAAUAGCAGACCCGAUGCCUGAUAGUAGCGGUCUUGAAAGAGAUACGUCGGAUAUACAGUCUGAAACGAAUAUGGAGCAGGACACCAAAUCUUUUAUUAGCGCGCAUUUGAGAAAACAACUUUCUUUUGAUCUUUGGUUCAUGUUUCUGGGGUUGUUUAUUAUUUGUAUCGCAGAGGGUUCAAAAAUCCGAGAUCCUACCAGGGUUAAUUUUACUGUUUUCCAGGUGAUGUUUGAAGUUGUUAGUGCGUACGGUACUGUAGGAUUGUCUUUUGGAUAUAUCAAUACAACCCAAUCUUUCAGUGCCCAGUUUACACCCUUAUCGAAGCUUGUAAUUAUAGCUCUACUAAUUAGAGGAAGACACAGAGGAUUACCGUACUCUCUAGAUCGUGCAAUAAUGCUUCCUAGUGAUAAACUGCAGCGCAUUGACCAAAUUGAAGACUUGAAACUUCAACGGACAAUGACGGCUGGAAACAAAGAUCCGGUGCUUCAGUAUUUGAAGAAAAGGACUCAACCAGUCUCCGGCCUUGCAAACGUCAUUAAACGUACAAUUUCUAGAGCACCUCCAUCAGCAGAAACACCAAACGAAUCAUCAGGAGGAAAAGCUAACAGUAACGUACCACCAAAUCCUCCAGAUAGUGUUCGUACAGUCAACGCCAAUUUUAAGCUCAAUAGAGAUAAAGAGCCAUUACAGGGUCCUAUCGCGGACACACCUGUUGCCAAAUCUUUAAGAUCGUACUCCGAGGUGUCGCCACACGAUAAUCCCCCAAGCGACCAUUUAGAAGAUGCGCCAUUGACACAUUAA